AUGACGGAAGAAAUUCUCAUCGGUAUUCGUAAUUUUCUUCAGCCAUAUUUACCAUUAUUAAAUUCUCAUAAUGUUGAUUAUUUAAUUCGUGAUCAUUGGAGUACUUAUGUACCGGAAUGGAUUCGUCAGGAAGAACGAAUAAAUCUUUAUGAUCUAUUUGAACAACGCUAUCAAGAAUCUCUAUCAGCUAAAAAUCGUUUAGAAGGAUUAAUUGAUGAAAUAAUUGAAUGGAGAAAAAAAAUUGAACGAGUAACAUAUACACGUGAAAAAUUUGAAGAAGAAAUUUUACGAGAGAAAGAUCAAACAAAAUCAUAUAAAUUUAUAACUCGAACAUUUAUGAGUCAAAAAAAAGAACAUGAAGUCGAUAUAUUAGCACCUGUUAUUAAUCAAUUAGCUAAUAUGUCGAAUGCUGAUUCGAUAAUUGAUUAUGGAAGUGGCCGUGGUUAUUUAGGUGUACAAAUAUCUCAUGAUUAUGAUCGAAAUGUUCUUGGUAUUGAAUCAUGUGAAGCAACAGCACAUAGUGGUGAACGACGAUUAGAACUUAUAUCAAAAUAUCAAAAAGAAUUAAAUAAUAAUAAAAAAUAUAAAACAACAUCAACAAUUGUUAAUAGUGAAACAAAUUUUGAAAACUUAUUUUAUCAAACAUUUGAUUCCUAUUCAUCAUCAUUUCUUCUUUGUGGCCUUCAUGCAUGUGGUUCAUUAUCUUGUUCACUUAUAUAUCAUUUUGUUGAAAAUUCUGCUGUGCGCGCUAUUGCGAAUGUUGCAUGUUGUUAUCAUCUUUUAGAAGAAAAAUUUGUUCCAAAUCCAUUUACAAAACUUUCUAGUGAAAAUGAUCCAUGCAGUUUUCCGUUAAGUUAUCGAUUGAUACAAGAAAAAACAAAAUUAGGUCGAAAUGCAAGAAUGCUUGCUGUACAAUCAUUUGAAAGAAAUAAAGCCGAUCAAACAUUAAAUGCUGGUUUAUGGUAUCGUGCAUUAAUGCAAGUAAUUCUUGUUGAAGUUUAUCAAUUAACAAGUGCUUUGGAAGAUAUUAAAUUAGGAAAAAUAAAUCGAAAACCUUUAACUUUUGAAGAAUAUGUUUGGAAAGCAUUGAACAAAUUAAAAUUAGAUAAAACAAAAAUAACAUCGGAUAUAAUUAAUGAUUAUUGGACACGUUAUGAAUCUUGUCAUCUUCAACUUCAUACAUUUAUUCAAUUAAAAGUUUUAUUUUCUGGAUUAAUUGAAAUGAUGAUUUUACUUGAUCGACUUGUUUUUCUUCAAGAAUCUAUACCAACAGCAUCAUCUUAUUUAGUGGCACUUUUUGAUCCGAUAAAGUCACCACGUCGUUGGUGUUUAAUUUCAUUAAAAGAAAAAAAUAUUUGA